AUGAUGCUGGACUUUCUGGGACCCUUUCCUCUCCUCCUGUUGCUGUUGGGAUCAUGGGGGCUAGUGCAUCCACUAUGUCACUCAGCUCAACCCUCCACCAGUGUUCAAACAUUUACAAUUCAGCAUCUAAGAGCAAGUCCUGCUCAAUGCAACAGUGCAAUGCGUCUUGUCAAUAAUCCUAACUGGACCUGUAUAGGUCAAAACUCUUUCCUGCAGGACUCCAUUCUAGAACUUCAUCACUUACAGAAUGUGACUAUUACCUGCAGUUGGCCCAACAGGACCUGCAGGCCUCAUGGGAAUAACUGCCACCAGAGUGCAAAUCCUACUAACACGACUUCCUGCUAUCACACUGGAGGGAGAUAUCCUGACUGCAGCUACAGUACCACUCCCCAGAACAGGUUCUACGUUGUUGCCUGGGACCCUCGUCAGCCAGGCUACCCUCCCAAUCGUCUGACUCCUGUAGGGUUGGACAAAGACUAA